UGACAACUGAAAAUUUCGGGUUUUUAGUUAGAUCCGACCGGAAAAAUGCCACACACAGGUCAAGCGGGCGUCAACCAACUAGGAGGCGUGUUUGUGAACGGUCGGCCCCUUCCCGACGUUGUUCGCAAAAGGAUUGUUGAGCUGGCUAUAAUGGGAGUCAGGCCUUGCGACAUCAGCAGACAACUCUUGGUCUCCCACGGCUGCGUGUCCAAGAUACUCACGAGGUUCUACGAGACUGGCUCUAUCAGGCCCGGGUCUAUUGGUGGCAGUAAAACUAAGCAAGUCGCAACCCCUACUGUGGUGAAGAAGAUUCUCCGUCUCAAGCAAGAGAACCCGGGUAUGUUCGCGUGGGAGAUCAGGGAGAGGCUGCUCAGCGCGAGGGUCUGCGAACCGCACUCCAUACCCUCGGUGUCUUCAGUCAACAGGAUCCUGAGGAACAGCGGCCUGGCCUGGAGUGAUGAGGAACCUAGGAGUGGACAUGAGCCAUACCCACCGCCGGAGCUCCCUUCAAACGUCAUCGACUACAUGUCACUGAAGACUUCUCUACCCCCCACCCCAGUACCACAGAGCCCCUCAUACUUCGCCCACACAGCAGUCAGGGUCCCGCCCCCACAGGACACAGCCCUCUACGAUAGACGACUGACCACCUCCUGGCUCCUCGCUAACCAAGUCCAAGCGCAAGGUCUUCUCAAGCCGUACCCCAUCUCACCAUGGCAACGAAUCAUGAUGCCAUACCACGACGCGAAGAACUUCUCACCUUAUGCCCUCAAUCUCCACAGCGACCUUCUUAACAGAAUAAACUCGGACGAAGUCAAAUCGGAGAACUCUGAACAUAUUUCUGUAGAAGCCAGCGAUGAUAGCACCGAUAGACCUGACACAGAUGAAAAAACGCCGCAUGAGAAAGAGAAAAAGAAGAAUCCUUAUUCGAUAGAAGAACUUCUUAAGAAACCGGAGAAAAUACGGUCUGAUCCGAUCGGACUGCAGAAUUUUCUUCGUCAGCCCAGUGGCAGUAUGAUUGAGUUUCAGAGCCAAGAAAAAAACUCGAGCAAUAGAUCCUCGCCUGCCAGUUUCUGUUCGGUGCAAAGCGGUACUUCGAAUGACUGUUUUUCGGAAUCUGUGACAUCAGAAAUUAAGGCGGGCAAUUGAAAAUAAUUCACAACUUAAGUUUAAGAGAAACUCACAAUUCCGGCGGCAUU